GAUGCUUUUCCUAAUGCCAUGAUCCAGGCAUUGUACUUUCAAGAGGCCAUUCGUGGCUUGGUCCUCAGUCACUCGUGCAAUUUAGACCAGUGCUUGGUGUGCGAGUUGUCCUUCUUGUUCCACAAGAUGGAUCAAAGUCCGGGCUUUGUUUGUCAGUCCAACAACUUUCAGCGGGCCGUUCGCAUAAGUCAGGUAGCCCUUGCUUUGGGAUUAGUGCUUCCAGAUUCUUCUGCAUCCAUUGAUGGAUUCACCAUGAUUGGAUUGGUUCAAGCCUGGAAUCGAUUCAUGCUUGAACAAUUUCAUGCCACUGACGAUAGGUUGUUAGGCAAACAAUGUGAAAUUCAGGCCGUGAAAAUGACCAAGUGUGCCAAUUGCAAGGGCUGCCUCAGUGUGGAAUAUGACAAUGACAACGUGUGCAAUUUGAAAUAUCCAACGGGAAGCGAAAAGACCCACUUUGAGGACAUUCUUGUGGCCUCCCUCAAUUGCGUUGGGACCAAGCCUUCUUGGUGCAGCCUCUGUCGUCAUUUUCAAAUGGCCAAUCAAAGGCGCCAAAUCCAGUGUUUGCCAUCCUCGCUAACGGUGAACACUGGACUGGACCAAGGCACCAGUUUGGACUUCUGGCGGGAUCAGUGCGUACAAUUGGUUACAAGCUCCAAAGGAGGGAACAACGAGAACGGCCAAUCGUGGAUUCCCAAACGGUUAACGCUGCGACGAUUGGCCAAUGGCCAUCUUAAGGGAGGUUCCGAGGAGCUGUCGCCUCUGGAGAGGGAGGAAAUCCUCGAGGAUGUUCAAUAUGAAUUACACACUGUUUGUAGCACGAUCGUUGAUCCUGGGACAGGACAAGCCCUGAAUGUGGUGGCCGGCAUUAACGUGGGAGAUUUUUAUCACGCUCGAGUUGGAUCGCCGGUCAGCCAAUGGUACCUGUUCAAUGACUUCAGCAUUGAUCCAAUCAACAUCUCCGAGGCCCGGCGGAUCAAUCUGGACUGACAAGUGCCAACUUCCUUGGUUUACCCGCGACGAAUAAACCGAGUGAGCUCCAAACAACCCGAAAUCGUUCCUUUGAGCAGUUCCUCCGUCGGUUUCGAGGUCCUGAGUCCAAUUUGGGGCCAUGGCUGGCCACUGACGUUUUUGCCUUUAGACGUCAACGAGGUUCCCUCGGCUGGAGAUUUGGUAGCCUUGGAUGCAGAGUUUGUGACCUUGAAACCGGAGCAGAAGUCACUGGGGGAAGAUGGAUGCUGGAGGACUGUCCGACUUGCCAAAAGAGCAAGGGUCACCUGUCUGCGGGGCCAGGGUCCAAUGACCGGAGUGCCGUUUGUGGACGAUUACAUCUCUUGCCAGGAAGAGAUUUUCGAUCACGUCACCGAGUACACCAGAAUCUACCCCGGUGACCUGGAUCCGACUGCGAGCACCAAAUAUUUGACGUCAAUGAAGACCACGUACAAGAGAAUCCGGUAUCUGGUGGAUGUGGGGUGCAUCUUCGUGGGACACGGUCUCAAGAACGACUUUGACAUGUUGAACAUUGUCGUUCCCGUGGAACAAGUGGUGGACACGGUCCAUUUGUUCCAGUUGCUCAAUAGAAGGUUGCUUUCGUUGAAGUUUUUGGCGUGGUACUUCUUGGGCAAGAUCAUCCAGGUGGGAACCCAUGAUCCCACUGAAGAUGCAGCAACAGCCUUGGAACUGUUUCAAAGGUACCGGGAGUUCGAGGCCCUUAACAACGUACCAGAGGUCCUUUGCCAAUUGUACAAGGAAGCCCAAGCCAACCAAUAGAGGGUCCCAAGGCAAUUGUGAUGUUAUCGUGAUCUUUAUAUGGUGUCAAAUAUUGCGAGUGUCCCAGUCGUCCAACUCUUUUCCAUAGCUCAUUUUCACCUUAUAACAAGAAAGCAAAUACUACGUCAUUGAAGAGAAGCAUUGCUAAGAGCAGUCUUAACUUAUUGAUGGCUAGAUCAUCCUCCUCCCGAAGCACAAUCAAUUGACAGAGAAAUUGAUCCUGGAAACCCAUAAGACUCCCUUUCAGGUUGAUACUACGUCAUCGAAGAGUAGCACUUGCAAGGUCUUCCAAAUAAAUCAGCACGAGCAUCAGACAUGUUUGCGGUUGCCUUAGCUUCCCGUUUCUAAAGCAUAUUUGCUCGUUCCGGUGCUGAUAUUUGAGUUAGGAGAGAAACAGAUCAAGGUCUCAAGAUUAGCUUUUUUGCAUUGAAUGCAAAGAAAACAAGUAUUCAACAUACUACAAGAUAUUCGUCUACUCGUCUACUCGUUUCCGACCAUUGUGCUCCUCAUGAG